CGACUCCAUGCGAGAAGCUGCGGGACUUAGUGAGUGACGUGAGAGCGGACGUGUCUCCUUGCCACUCUCUUCCUCCUCCUCCACCGACUACGGUACUGGAACUACCGCCACUCGCCAUCCAUCGACUCAGUUUACAAUGACGUCAUAUUGGGUCCCGGUGGGCGUCAAUAAGAAUUCUGCUCGAAAAUGUUGGUCCAAUGGAGGCUGGAAAGAUGGGUUGUAGGAGGCGGGAGAGGGAUCAGAGCAAGCACCAGUGUUCUUUAUUCGGGGAGUAGGUCGCCGCUCAUCACGUUUCCUCAAAGAAAAGACUCCAACGGACAACCUCUAGUUCGGUUGAGUCUGGAGCACAUGCAGCCAGCUCCCUCCUCUUCCUCUGCCUCUCUGUCCACCAGACCAGCUGCCAGCCAGCACUCUGUUACACUGACAUCUCUUCCCAUUGCAUUUGGCCGCUUACCUCUCACCAGUCCAGAAAUGGAGGCCAUCAACGUAUCUAACAUUGCAUACAGCAGUGGUUAA